GGGACUAAAGUCACGUGUCUCACCGCCUAGUGUGUCUCUGCUAACCGACUCCACCACAAAUCAAACUCACCCAACGCCCGGUGGAGAGAUAAAGGCAGAUGGGAAAGAGUGUGGCGUGCACGCACAGAAAGCCCUUACGACGCCAGUGGACUGUAACGGAGAACGUCCAAUAGCGGCUAUCGGGGUGAAGCGAAAUGCGCUCAUUUUUUUUCCCAUAGAGUAGGAAUAUGACAAGGCGUGUGAACAGGACGGGAGAUGAGCUUCACACAGUUUCGGAGACCCUCUUCUCCUUGUGAUCUUACCCAGUACGCCUUUGAGCCGCAGGGCUUCGGGCGUGUAGAGGACAGAAAGCGCACCGCACAAAGCCGCUCCAGCUCAACUGCGGAUCGGAGAAUUUUUUUUCUGCCUGUAUCUUAUUAAAAUCUGCUGGAGUACUGUGUGCCAAGAGGAAUGGUGGCCGUCACCAUGAGGGUUCUUUCAGCGAACUUGUUUUCUCUGCUCCUCCUGUGCGCCCUCGCAAGUGUUUUCUACGUCUGGAGCGCACUGGAGGACCGUUUGGAGCGACACAAACGGAGGUUCUCAGUACCAGGUGCAGGGUCCUUUCACCAAGCUCUCCCAGUGGACCUUUCAGCCAAAACUUUCCGUGCAUUGCUUGCUGUCCCAGCGGCACAGAGACUGCACUUUGGGGACAGACUGAAGACUCGCCUCAACCUCACCAAUCAACCUGUCUCUGCAGGAAAUCGAGAUUACAAUAUGAAUGGGGAUAACAAGAGGUCAGCCCCGCGGGAGGGCCCGGUCAAGUUGUCCCCAUUGGAAGACGGAAUAUUUUGGAACGAAUGGCUGGAAGAUACCCUUCCUGCGGGAUUCACGGAGGAAUAUGCUCUGGCUUGGCAAAAGAAAGCGAGGACGUACCGGGUGGUGAAGCUGGAGCCGGGAUGCGGCAGGAUAUCCAAUCAGCUUGCCACGUUUGCAGACGGGACCAAAGCUUGUGUGCGUUACGGGAUAAACGCGGACCAGGUGCAGGGUGAAACUUUGACUUAUUACCUUGCACGUUUGCUUGGCAUCACAAACCUGCCCCCUCUCGUACUGUCCCAGCUGGACAGUGACAGUGAGCAAUGGGAAAGUGUGAGGACGCGGAUAGAUGGUUUACAGUGGAAUGACCGAGCCGUGGUUUCUCUAACUCAGUGGAUCUCCAACCUGACAGGGGUCAUCACACCUGCGCCGCUGAGACAGGAGAGCAGCGGGCUGCAUCCUGCGCUCAAGGAGCUCUGGAACAAGACAGCGGUGGAGCUGCUGGAGCUGAUGCAGUGGACAGACCUGAUCGUAUUAGACUACCUGACGGCAAACUUUGACAGGCUCGUCAGCAAUUUGUUUAGUCUGCAGUGGGACUCCCGUGUAAUGGAGAGAGACACGAAUAAUCUCCUGAAAACCCCUCGCGGUGACCUCGUAUUCAUAGACAACGAGGCCGGAUUAGUGCACGGGUUUCGAGUGUUAAACAUGUGGGAGAAAUAUCACAAUACAGUCCUGAGCUCUGUGUGCGUGUUUAGAAAAAGGACCACGCAGCGCGUGGCAGAGCUGCACACGCGCAGAGACUCCAGGCAAAGGCUGCUGGAGCUCUACAGAGACAGCGAGCCUUUGUCUCAGGAAUUAGGAUUUCUCUCAGAUGAGCACGCCGGUGUUCUCCAGGACAGGAUAGACAGAUUAUAUACACACAUUGUGCAUUGCAAAGGAAAAUACGGCCAGCUGUGAACAUUCAGCAUGCACAGGUGAUGGAUUUGUUGUCUGCCUGCACAGUAAUGAGCUUUGCAAACGCAGCUGGCACACCUGUGCUAAGCUGAUGCGCAUUACACAGAAAAAAAUGUCUUGAAUAUCCAGCUGAACUACCUCCUGUGAAUAGAAUGUGUUUCCUAGUUUAUCAAUGAAUCAGUUUGACACGUUUAUAAGCUGAGAUGUUCACUGUUCGCCUCACUGUGAAGAAUGACCCUGUCUUUACUUCACCCCUCUGAUGUUCACCUGAAUAUGACUAAAUGUAAAGAGUAGACUAUGCGUGGUGGGUAUCAUAAACUACCCCUUCAUGUGCGGUUUGGAUUGUUGAUUUGUGUUCAAUAAUCCCAAUGAUAAACUCCUAAGCCUUAAUGUAAGUUGACUCUUGAAUAUUGUAUUUCUGUUGACGUUCAGCUCGCUCUUUUAGAGAAGAUCUUUUGCACACACAUUGCCAGCACCUGCACUCUUGUAAUUGUGUUUGGAUAGCGUACUUAGCCUUAAUUUCACAGGUGGAGCAUAUUCAUUUGUGCAUUUGUCUGAUGUAAAUACUGUCUGCCAACCUGUUUUGGAAAUUUGAUGCUAAACUAAUUUAAUGUGCUUUUUAACAUUCCAAAAAACUCUUGUUUUUUUUUUUUUUAUAAAUAUGCUGUAAUUUAACUUCUCUGUUAAUGCGUAUUUUGUAUGCAGUUUGUUCUUAACUGCCUUAUUAGAACGCAUCAAAUAUUUACCUAUUUUGUGUGGAGUGCUGUUUUUUUUUCUUUUUUCCUUGUUUUUGAAGCCUCUGUUGCCUCUGUACUUUCCCAUACAGUGCUCUCAUUGUACUGUAGAAAUAUCUUGCACUGGCACACUUCCCCAGGAGCCAUUCUGUCAGCCACAGGCACGCUACAACAGGCGUCUCUAAUCCCCUUUAUAAUCUCACCCAGAAUGAUGAACUGAAGGAGACGAGUGACAUUAUUUGACAUCAUUUGAAAAGGAAUUUGCUGUUCCCUAACUAUAUUAUGACAUUUCAUAGCUAUACCGUAUAUUGCAGAAUAUUUUUUGCAUAAUAUAAAUUGGUCAACCUAUAAGCAGUCUGCCUUACUGGUUGCAUGUGCUGCAUGUGCUGUUAAUGAGUGUUUUGCCCUCAGUGGAGAGACUUGUUUACGGCUUUUUAUGGGUUGGAAAUGUAACCGUGAAAGGUUUUGAAGAGAAAAACCUCAAGGCCAGCUGCGUUAUUUCGCUGUAUAGUCUGUGCUGUCACUUUACAUCAGCACAUAAUUUUUUUAAUUUGAACCUUAUAGAGCCAUACUUUUCUUAUUCGUUCCACUACAGGCCUACUUCUGUGUCUGAUCUCUGGUUCCAGACUUAUGAGCACAUCUAAGGGAAAGACAGUGAUCAAACUUUUGACAGACUAAUUCUUUCCAGCCUUUUGCUAUCCUAGAGCCCAUCUGGUUUCUUUUAAAAUUUCUUUAUAUAUGUUCAACUCCAGGACACGCCACAAACUGUUUGCGCGACUCCACGAAGAGAGAUGAAUGCACCUUGUAAAAUAGUGGCUCGAUCUUUGUACUUAUACUUUAUUUCAUGGUUUACGGCAUGUUUCAGUGAAUUGUUCUUCUGCCUGCUAGGUCACUGCAUAAAGGGAGACAGGCAGCAAAGGUGUAAAUAGGUGUAACUGGAGGCAUUCUGCUGUGCUUCAGCUGUAAUAGGGACUUGGGGAUCAAUAUGUGCACUGACUGGUGUGUAGGCGAAAGAAGGUCAUGUUAAUGUGCUGCCUUUUCAGUUAAAAUAGGAACAUGUGUUUCAAGGCCCUUGCAAAAUCUACACUUGCAGCUGGGUAUGUUGCUCCAGGCAUGUCUGUUAAUACCAAACUCUGCAAAGAGAUUUACAACCGGCUGCAGGCUCUGGGGAUUAAAAACAAUGCAAAGCUAAGGUCUGCAUGUCGAA